AUGGUGGAUUCCUCGUUGUCCGGCAUCUGUCUGUUCGCAUCUCACUUCUCCACCCCCUCUCUCUUGACCUAUCGAAGGAUCUUGUAUGCAGAAUUAUCUCUUUUAGUCUGCUAUAUCUAUCUAUCUAUCUAUCUAUCUAUCUAUCUAUCUAUCUAUCCUAAUAAAUAUAAAACCAUCUAUCUAUCUAUCUAUCUAUCUAUCUAUCUAUCUAUCUAUCUAUCUAUCUAUCUAUCUAUCCGCUCAGCUAUAAAGCUAGUGACAUAUAGAAUAAAUAUAAAACCAUCUAUAUAUCUAUCUAUCUAUCUAUCUAUCUAUCUAUCUAUCUAUCUAUCUAUUUAUCUAUCUAUCCGCUCAGCUAUAAAGCUAGUGACAUAUAGAAUAAAUAUAAAACCCUCUAAAUAUUAUCUAUCUAUCUAUCUAUCUAUCUAUCUAUCUAUCUAUCUAUCUAUCUAUCUAUCUAUCCCUAUAAAGCUAGUGACAUAUAGAAUAAAUAUAAAACUCUAUCUAUCUAUCUAUCUAUCUAUCUAUCUAUCUAUCUAUCUAUCUAUCUAUCUAUCUAUCUAUCCGCUCAGCUAUAAAGCUACUAUAAAGCUAGUGACAUAUAGAAUAAAUAUAAAACCAUCUAUCUAUCUAUCUAUCUAUCUAUCUAUCUAUCUAUCUAUCUAUCUAUCUAUCUAUCCGCUCAGCUAUAAAGCUACUAUAAAGCUAGCGACAUAUAGAAUAAAUAUAAAACCCUCUAAAUAUUAUCUAUCUAUCUAUCUAUCUAUCUAUCUAUCUAUCUAUCUAUCUAUCCGCUCAGCUAUAAAGCUACUAGCGACAUAUAGAAUAAAUAUAAAACCCUCUAAAUAUUAUCUAUCUAUCUAUCUAUCUAUCUAUCUAUCUAUCUAUCUAUCUAUCCGCUCAGCUAUAAAGCUAGUGACAUAUAGAAUAAAUAUCUAUCUAUCUAUCUAUCUAUCUAUCUAUCUAUCUAUCUAUCUAUCUAUCUAUCUAUCUAUCUAUCCGCUCAGCUAUAAAGCUACUAUAAAGCUAUCAUAUAGAAUAAAUAUCUAUCUAUCUAUCUAUCUAUCUAUCUAUCUAUCUAUCUAUCUAUCUAUCUAUCCGCUCAGCUAUAAAGCUACUAUAAAGCUAGCGACAUAUAGAAUAAAUAUAAAACUCUAUAAAUAUUAUCUAUCUAUCUAUCUAUCUAUCUAUCUAUCUAUCCGUUCAGCUAUAAAGCUAGCGACAUAUAGAAUAAAUAUAAAACCCUCUAAAUAUUAUCUAUCUAUCUAUCUAUCUAUCUAUCUAUCUAUCUAUCUAUCUAUCUAUCUAUCCUUCCGCUCAGCUAUAAAGCUAGCGACAUAUAGAAUAAAUAUAAAACUCUAUAAAUAUUAUCUAUCUAUCUAUCUAUCUAUCUAUCUAUCUAUCUAUCUAUCCCUAGUGACAUAUAGAAUAAAUAUAAAACCCUCUAAAAUUAUCUAUUAUCUAUCUAUCUAUCUAUCUAUCUAUCUAUCUAUCUAUCUAUCUAUCCUUCCGCUCAGCUAUAAAGCUACUAUAAAGCUAGUGACAUAUAGAAUAAAUAUAAAACCCUCUAAAUAUUAUCUAUCUCUAUCUAUCUAUCUAUCUAUCUAUCUAUCUAUCCUAUCUAUCCGCUCAGCUAUAAAGCUAGUGACAUAUAGAAUAAAUCUAAAACUCUAUAAAUCUAUCUAUCUAUCUAUCUAUCUAUCUAUCUAUCUAUCUAUCUAUCUAUCUAUCCUUCCGCUCACUAUAAAGCUAGCGACAUAUAGAAUAAAUAUAAAACUCUAUAAAUAUUAUCUAUCUAUCUAUCUAUCUAUCUAUCUAUCUAUCUAUCUUAGUCUACUGUUCAUCAUCUAUCUAUCUAUCUAUCUAUCUAUCUAUCUAUCUAUCUAUCUAUCUAUCUAUCUAUCCUUCCGCUCAGCUAUAAAGCUAGCGACAUAUAGAAUAAAUAUAAAACUCUAUAAAUAUUAUCUGUCUAUCUAUCUAUCUAUCUAUCUAUCUAUCUAUCUAUCUAUCUUAACUAUACAUUUUCAACACACUUUGUACAUCUAUCUAUCUAUCUAUCUAUCUAUCUAUCUAUGCAGCCCGCUAAAGGUCAGGUAA